UCUGGUAUUGAGCUGUUGGAAAGUGGUGGCAGCACUGGUUCGUUGGUUGCAUUGCAUAACACAAAGAGGAAGAGAAAACAUGGAAGAUUCUGGAGCGAUUCUCUCUCACAUUUCAUCACUGAAGGAAAUGCUGGAUCAGGUAAACGAAGAGAUGGAGGCUACUAUAGAGAUUACUCGAGAGAUUGAAUCCAGCAUCGUCAAAUGCGAGGAGAUCGAGGCCGAUUUGGCAACUAGGGAAGCGGAUUUGAUCAAAACCUCUGCCAUCUUGCAGUUCGACACCGUUGGAUACGUCACCGUCGCAGCUGAUUUAAAGGCUUCAGCAAGUACCUUGGAGAAGGAGUUAUGCAGUCUUAGAAUGAAGCGAGAUGGGAUCGUUAAUGAAAUGGAUGAAAAACGGGGAGCUUUUACAACACUAUGUUUAGAAUUUCAGAAAGAAAUUGACAAGAGAGAAGAUUGUGAAGUGAGAUCUUUGUUGUUGGAGAAAGAUUCCCUCGAAAAUGAAAUUGAACUUAUGGAUAAGAAAAAUAAUGUCUUGGAAAAUUCAGUAUUGGCAUUUGUGGAGGAGAUUCUCGAAGAUCUUCAUAGUUCGAACUCAGCAUUACAAGUUCAGAUACAGAGGAGUACCUGGGAGAAUGAGAAAUUGCUUAAGGAUAUCAAUGAUUUGAAGACUACACUGCUUUCAGCAAUUGGGACCAGUGGUGACGGUCAAUAAGUUCCUUUCUUUAAGAAAUUAACAGGAGUUUCAAGUCAAGUAGUCAGGUUUGGUCAUUACUGAUAUUUUACUGAAGUUUAGAGAUGGAUAUAAACUUGGAAAGUUACUUAAGAACUAAACAGCAGCCUAUUUUCCUUGUUCUGGCAAGUGAUAAAAACAAAACAAUGCCAGAAUGCUAGUCCAUUUGGUUCAUUACUAAUUAGCAUCAUGAUAUCUCAUUCAUAUUCUCUUAUAUUACUUUAAUUUAACCUAGAUACGGAAUAUAUGAAGAGUAGCUUUUAGCAAAUAAAUGGCCACUGCGCACAUUUGAAUCGAAACUAAAUUAUGGUCACAAAGUCCCAGGCGCCAGAUACAGGCAACAACUAUAUGAAGAGUUGAAGAUAAAAAAAUGAAGCACGUGUUAUUGCUCCAUUGAAGUUGGCAGGUGUAAAGAACUGCAAUCAGGUCCGUGAAAGAUAGUUUUCUUGUUGAAUUCUCUCCCUUGCGGAGUAUGAGCUUUACAGGGCAACAAACUCUUAGCGGUGAAGCAGCUUUUCACGUUUGGAUACAGUUGCCUCCUGAGGAUUAUGCUGCCUCACAUGUGGGUUAUGGCCACUAGCCUGUGUUGGUCAACUACAGACUUAACAAGCUUAUAGAUUUUGAAUUGGUACGACAACAUUAAGACAAGGAAGUAUUUCCAUUUCGUACUCUCUGUAUGUACUUUUUUUUCCCGCAGGGAGUGCUUGACAUCGUUCGUACCUGAAAAGAGACUUCCUCAUAUCAUUUUCUAGCUCUCAGAAGGACAAAUAUGCUCAUUUAAGUUGCUCUUUUUGGGUAGGGGUCCUGCUCGUA